AUGACCAAAGAAAAAUACAUCUCCUUCACGAAACAUGUCGAUAGCACUAAAGAUAAAACUAAAAAUAACUCUCAAAGAAAUUGCGUAAAAUUCAGAUUUAUUGAUUCUUUCAAAUUUCUCAGUACAAGUCUCGAUAAAUUAGCGUCGUAUCUCGAUAGAGACAAAUUAAAAAUUAUACGUUCAAAAUUUCCAACAUUAUCGGACGAAGAAUUUGAAUUACUGACUCGUAAAGGUGUCUUUCCGUACGAGUACGUUGACUGUGUCGAAAAAUUGCGGGACACGCUCUUACCACCGCGCGAAUCUUUUUACAGUUCGUUAACGGGCGAUACCGUAUCCGAGAGCGACUACGCUCACGCGGCGAACGUAUGGCAGCGAUUCUCCAUCCGAACGCUCGGCGAGUACAGCGAUCUGUACUUGAAAACCGAUGUCUUGUUAUUAGCCGACAUUUUUGAAAAUUUCCGCGAAAGUUGCGUCGCGAGUUACGGUCUCGAUCCAGCGCAUUAUUACACCUUGCCUGGUUUCACGUGGGACGCGAUGUUGAAACAUACGCGUGUAAAGUUUGAGUUGCUCACUGAUAUUGACACGAUCAUGUUCAUCGAGCGCGGUAUACGCGGUGGUCUCAGUCAAUGUUCAGGCAGAUACGCGCAGGCUAAUAACAAGUACAUGCGUUCGUACGAUCCGUCGGAACCGUCGUCGUACUUGAUGUACUACGACGUUAACAAUUUAUACGGAUGGGCGAUGUGUCAAUCAUUGCCAUACGCCAAAUUUCAAUGGGUCGAAGACGCUGCGAACUUUGACGCGAGCGCGAUCGCUCCGGAUUCGCCCACCGGUUACAUUCUCGAAGUCGAUCUCGAGUAUCCGCAGCAUGUACACGACCGACACACCGACCUACCGUUCUGUCCGACGCGCGAUAAGCCGCCCGGCAAGCGCGAACAUAAACUUUUAGCGACGCUGUACGAUAAACAGCGUUACGUCAUCCACUACCGCAACCUGCAGCAAUGUACUCGUCACGGUCUUCGCGUAACAAAGAUCCAUCGGGUGUUACAAUUCGCGCAAUCUCCAUGGCUUCGCGAAUACAUCGAACUUAAUACAUGUUUUAGAACGCGCGCGAAAAAUGAUUUCGAAAAAAAUUUAUAUAAAUUAAUGAACAACGCGGUAUUCGGUAAAACUAUGGAGAAUGUGCGCAACCACGUCGACGUAAAAUUAUUAACUAAAUGGGAUGGACGGUACGGCGCGGAGGCAAUGAUUGCAAAACCAAAUUUCCACAGCCGUAGCGUCUUUGCGGAAAAUUUAAUAGCCGUCGAACUGCGGAAACUCGAGGUGAAGUUCGACAAACCGAUUUACGUGGGUAUGUGUAUACUCGACAUAUCGAAAGUCUGCUUGUACGAAUUUCACCACGAGUAUAUGUUACCACUGUUUCACGAUAAAUGUAAAAUAAUGUACACCGAUACGGACAGCCUUAUAUACCGCGUCGAGUGCGAGGACGUUUACGAGACUAUGAAACGCGAUAUCGCUAGAUUCGACACGAGCGAUUAUCCGACGGACAACGCGUACGGUAUGCCUCUCGCGAACAAAAAAGUACCCGGUCUGAUGAAGGACGAAAAUAACGGUGCGAUAAUGACCGAAUUCGUUGGUCUCAGAGCGAAGAUGUACGCUGUGAGGGUGGACGGCAAGAAGGACAUUAAAAAGGUGAAAGGCGUAAAGAAUAACGUCGUAGCGCAAACGAUAACGUUCGACGAUUACACUCGAUGUUUGAACGAAGAGAUCGAAAUGACUCGUCGUCAAUCGUGUAUACGAUCUAAACUGCACGAGGUAUACACGAUAUCCGAAUCGAAAAUCGCUCUGAGUCCAUACGAUGACAAACGAUACGUCGUACCGAAUUCGACGGAGACGUUACCGUGGGGACAUUGGCGGAUACCUUUGUAA